AUGGCCACUACAACAACAACAGCAACAACAACAAUCACAGCACCUGAAAUUGGCCAGAUAACCCAAGGCGGCAAAGAAUACUCUUCACCCGCUAUCCCUGUUCUAGCCAGCGCAUUCCAAAAUGAUCCGAUAUUCAAUUACUUCAUGGGAGCUCUAUCCAAGGAAGAGAGAAAAGAGUAUACUCCUGAAUUCCUCGCCGUCCUUGUGAAAGGCGGCAUGUUGAACAAAGGGAUCAUAUUCGAAAUCUCUUCAUGGGGUUGCUGCGCUGUCAUCCUGCCCCCAGGCAAGAAAGUGGACAACCCCCUGACGAUUUUUCAAGCCGGCCUCCCAGGUGCCGUACUACGCCUGAAGUUGGUGGGUAUCAAGCGCAUUCUCGUUGAACACAGUUCGGCAGUAAAGCGGGCGAAGCAGAAGGCGUUUACGCCUAAGGAAAUGUCGCAGUACUGGUACCUGUUCAUUAUCGGGACGCACGAGACCCGGCAACGUCAGGGUCUUGGAGGUAUGAUGCUCGAACACGUCAAGGCAAUUGCUUUGAAAGACGGCCGCAGACCUGUGUGGCUGGAGGCUUCAAAUGAGAAUGCUAGGAAACUAUACGUUAAGCACGGGUUUGAGGAGGUAGAGGAGAUCACCCUUGGCAUCGGCGUGGUUGGACCCGACGGACUGGCGAAGAAAGGUGGCGAGGGUGUCAAAACGUGGGCCAUGGUGUGGCGACCAGAUCCCAAGAAAUAA